CACAGAUAGAUAUAUCCUAACGGCCACACAUGGCCUCCUUUACUUUCACCACUAUGCAACAACAGCCAACACACUACUACUUCCUUUCCAUCACUCUCUGUAAGUACCCGUCAUCAGCAUCUUCCACUUAUUUUCUUUACCCUUCACCUCCAAAACACCAAAUCCCUCAACUUUUUAUACAUAGAACAAGACAUGCUAGCGUUAGACACCAUUUCAAUGCAAAGCUAUCCACAAAACACUACGAAAAAAAGGCUAGGAAAGAAACUGGUACUGGGUCUAGUUCUUCUUCAAGGUCUAGCAAUGGUGGAACUGAAAGGAACAAGUUAGAGAACCUUUUUAGUUCUGUUUUGGAAGAGAAAGCUGAAAAGAAAAGGUAUGUAAAGGAUAAGAAAAAAAUGGGUUUUGAUAGUUCUUCAUUAAAAUCAUCUAAAACCAUGGAAAAUAACUCUGUGGUGGGGAAAAAAUCAAAGAAAGAUAAGGCUAAUUCACCUGUAGUACACUUAAGGGUUCAAUUGGAUAUGUGUUCAAAAAGAGGGGAUGUAAUGGGGGCUAUUCAGCUAUAUGAUAAAGCUAUAAAAGAAGGGAUUACAAUGGGGCAAUAUCAUUAUGCUGUGCUUUUGUAUCUUUGUUCUUCUGCAGCUAUGGGUAUUGUUCAACCUGCUAAAAGUGGUAGUGGUAACAGACCUGUUUUAAACAAUGGUAAAUUGGUUGAUUUUGAUAAUAGUUUAGCAAAUGGGUCUACAAAGCCUUAUUAUUUAGAAGAUGAUGAGAUUUGGGUAAGUGAAGAUGUUAAGAAACAUGCAUUGGUUAAGGGAUUUGAGAUAUACGAGACGAUGUGUUCAAACAAUGUACCGAUGAACGAAGCGACAUUAACAUCUGUAGCAAGAAUGGCAAUGUCAAUGGGAGAUGGUGAUAUGGCAUUUGAUAUGGUAAAACAAAUGAAACCAUUAGGUAUAAAUCCUAGAUUACGAUCUUAUGGUCCUGCUUUAUCUGUUUUUUGUAGUACCGGAGAUGUUAACAAAGCGUUCGAAGUCGAGAAACAUAUGUUGGAACAUGGUGUUCAACCCGAAGAGCCUGAAUUAGAAGCACUUUUAAGAGUUAGUGUAGAGGCUGGAAAAGGUGAUAAAGUGUAUUAUUUAUUGCAUAAAUUAAGAACAAGUGUGAGGAAAAUAUCACCUUCUACUGCUGAUAUAAUUGUUAGAUGGUUCGAGAGUAAAGCAGCCUCGAGAGUGGGGAAACGACGAAUAGACCAAAAGUUAAUAAAGGAAGCAAUCGAAAAUGCUGGCGGAGGUUGGCACGGACAAGGUUGGUUAGGUAAAGGAAAAUGGAGUAUAUCAUAUACAGUUGUUGGUGAUGAUGCUUUAUGUAAAUGUUGUGGUGAUAAGUUGGCUUUAAUCGAUCUCGAUCCUAUAGAAACCGAGAAGUUUGCCGAAUCAGUUGCUUCUAUAGCUAUAAAACGAGAGAAGAACUUCAGUUUUCAAAAGUUUCAAAAAUGGCUUGACUACUAUGGACCGUUUGAAGCUGUGGUUGAUGCGGCUAAUGUUGGUCUUUUCAGCCAGAAAAGAUUCAUGCCAUCAAAGGUCAAUGCUGUUGUUAAUGCGAUACGACAGAAACUUCCAUCAAGGAGAUGGCCACUUAUUGUUUUGCAUAACAAACGGAUCACUGGACGGAAGAUGGAUGAACCGGUAAAUAAAGCAUUAAUUGAGAAGUGGAAAAAUGCCGAUGCUCUAUAUUCAACACCAACCGGUUCCAAUGAUGAUUGGUACUGGUUGUAUGCAGCUAUCAAGUUUAAGUGCUUAAUUGUGACUAACGAUGAGAUGAGAGACCAUACCUUUCAACUUUUGGGAAAUGAAUUCUUUCCGAAAUGGAAAGAAAGGCAUCAAGUGCAUUUCAGUUUCUCAAACACCAGUCCAGUAUUUUACAUGCCUCCUCCAUGUUCAGUAGUAAUUCAGGAAUCAGAGAAAGGCCACUGGCAUAUUCCCAUUGCAUCGGAACUCGAUUAUGAUUCUGAAAGAACAUGGUUAUGCAUUAGACGAGCUAACUCACAUGCGGUGAAGGAAGAUUCCGUAGCCAUAACUGAAGAUUCGCAGUCUCUUAACCGUAACAAGGAACAUACCAAGUCAACUACUCAAACCGUAGUUAACUCGAAUUUCCUGCCAUUAAACAAUGGAAACUAUGAUAAACCACGAAAGCUAGCUGAGGAAAUGUACAAAAACAUCACCAGUAUUUCGUUUGCUUCUGUCUCCUCCGAUCAACACACAGUUCUAUCAGAAAUAGAAACUGCAGAGAUGCUUGGCAACUGUGUAAUCGACUUUCAAAUAUGAAACAAGUGGCUUUCGUGUAAAGUUUUGGAAAUUGUAUUGGACUACCAGUAGGAAUCUGUUUUUAGUUGUAUAGUUUUGAAGUGCCUGAGCCGAGUUUAUAUUGAACUAUGGUUUAUUUUAGCAGGGUUUUUGCCCAUCGGAAGCCGUUUCUUUCUGGAGAGAAAAUAUCCAAAUUUGCCAAAGUGCAAUCCAAAUUUGCCAAGACAUCACCAGUGUUAUAUAUAUAGCAUUCCAAUUCUCCUAUCUUGAUUAUGUUUUAAGUACCUAGUUUUCUCCAUGUAUUGAACUCUUAUUCUUACUCUUUUAUGUUAAUUUGCUCCUCCUUUUUCGAAAUACCGAUAGCAACAGUAGCAACCAUUGAGAAAUUGAAUGAAGAACCAAGGGAUUAAACUGCUCCAUGUCCAGUAAAAGUCAUAGACAAGCAUGAACUCGACACUAAAGAGUGCCGCUUUUCUUCUUCACAUGUGCAGACAAGUGACUCAGGGUUCAGCAUUAGAACUAAUUUAGUUUCAUGGUGCAUUUUGAGGCAAAAAAUUUACGUACUUGCAGACCAGGUAAAUGACAGAACAGUUUACUAGAGAUGAAGACAGCCGGAAAGCAGUUCCCGAAUACAUCAAAUCUUAAAAGAGUCAUAUAAUCACUUCCCUGUCCAAAUUUGGACAUUAGUUACUGUCCCCAAUGGAAUCCUACAUUGGACAUUUGGGCUGAACAUAUGUAUAUUAAGGUAACCUUUCUUUCUAAUUAUAUAUACAUUUUUAUGUACUUGUCUCCCAGUUAUUGCAUUUUCUCUAUCUAUCAAUCACGACCUUUUGGACUUCUAUUGCCACUUAAGGAUUCCAGCUUUUCUAGAUUAGGAGACUUUUUCUGAGUAGAACUAACCGGUGGCUUGGCCAGUUUUUUGUCAUUGUCACCCUUAAAGUAGAUUUCUAGAUCAGUUGAGCUUCUUCUCCUUGAAGCAAUACCCCAACCCAUAAAAUCUGAUAGUGUUGGUGUGUCUGAACUGCUCACCCUCAAUGCAUCUUCAUCAGAUGAGCUAGGGUAUGUCUCGGAUUUUUGUGGUGAUGAUGUUUGAGCAAGGGAAUCAGCAUGAAGGACGUCCUCGAUUCUUGACAUGACAUUGAAGGCCAAGCUCUCUAGAAUCCUUGAAUAGCUCUCUAGAAUAGCGUGUCCUACAUCCUGGUGAAAAAUCGAAGAUCAAGUAAGUUUUUUAUCAUCAACCUUUGAAUAACAUUUAAUGCUUUGCUUGUUGUGUAUGUACCCUAUUAUCUUGUAACUUAGAUAUAUCGAGUGAAGAUUGUGGAAGUCCGGGAUAACGUUGCUUUAACAAGAUUAAAAUAGUUUCCGCCCUUUCUUCGAAGAGUUCCCUUUUUUCCAAGCUAACACCUGAACCCCAAGAAGACCUACCGUCUUUUUGGUGCAUCUUCCUCUUCCAAAUGACAAUGGAAGCCUCAAUCCUAUUCUUAAGGUCAAGAACUUUGUGUUCCGUCGACAAGUCCAUAGUCGAAAGGAAUUGUGAUGGAUCAAAGUGGUCCACCGUAAUGCCUUUAUAGAUCGAAUCACCGAGGCUCGCUCUUCCGUUCUGCAUGAUGGAGAAGAUCAAUAAAGAUAACUAAAAAAAUGAUUAAAAGAAGUUGGUAAAAGUAACAUGGAGGCUCCUGUACUAAGAGUCAAAUUGCAUUUUAGCCUUUCUAAAAAAAAGUUAAAUUAGUCCUUGUAUGUUAGUUCAAAGAGUAAAUUGGUCUUUUCCGUUAAAAAUGUCAUCCAUUUAUACUUUUAAAACUGACAUGGCUGACAGAAUAAUAAAAAAUAAAGGGAAUUUUUAAUAGAAUGACCAAGGACUAAUUUGCCCAUUUUUUCAGUAGAGGUGGUAAAAUGCAAUUUGACUCCUUUACAAGAGCCUUCAUGGUACUUUUACCGAAGAAGUCUUAUUUCUUUACCCUGGGGAGUGAAUCAAUGUAACUUUCAGGUAUCUCUAUUUCAGAUAGUACUUCAGCAUUGAUAGCCAUAGCUGCUUUUAGCACCUGGUUUACUGACUCCUUUUGACACUGCAGCCAUCUCCGUGACAUUUCCGAUAACCCGUUUACAGGUACUUUAACAGUUGGAUGCCACCAUUUAUCGUCCCUUUUACCGUUUUCAUUCUCUUGGUCAUCAUCUUUAGAGACAUACCAAAAUUCUUUUUCUUGUCCAAAGCCAUCAAGAGUCUCCUGUUUUUUUAUUAUAAAUUUUGAUCAAAUAUUUAUUUAUCAUAUGAUCUUUAUCAGUAAAAGUUUCAUGGAGGCUCUUUCAAAUUGCAUUUUACCCUCUCUAUUCAAAAAAUAAGCAAAUUAGUCUUUGUACAUUGGAGAAAAGAGCAAAUUGAUUCUUUCUGUUAGAAAUUUCAUCCAUUUGUCAUGUUAAAAAUUGGCAUGGCUAACAGAAUAACUAGACAGUAUCACUUGGCAUGCCAUGUGUACCUCAUGCUAAUGUAUAGGAAUUAGUUUUUAACAAUAGAAAUUGAUGAAAUUUUUAACAUAAAGAACCAGUUUGUUCUUUAAUCUAUCAUAUAGGGAUUGAUUGGCUCAUUUUUUUUCAGUAGAAAGGGUAAAAUACGAUCUGACUUAUUGUACAUGGGCCUCCAUGAUACUUUUAGCGAUCUUUAUCAAGUUAACUAGAAGGAUAAAGUUACUCACUAUAAGCAUCGUGUCGAGUUUUCUUAGACCAGGUAUGUUCACAAGCAGAUCACUCCUUUGUCUCGUGACCAUAAUCUAUCCAAAUUCGAAACAAGUUGCUGUGAGUUCAUAUAGUGAAAUGGUCGUACUAGUUCGAAGAUUUGUGAGUUAUAUGUUACCUCCAUGUUCGUUCCGUUUUUCGUUUUCUGUUGCGAAGGAACUAAUUCGACAAUGUGAUCAGUUACAGAUAGAAGCCAAUCCAUUUCUUUUCUCCACCUUGCUUUGGUUUCUGGUGCCAUAGGUCCUAAUUUCACUUGUUCCCCAAAAACAGAUGCUGCAAUUAUCAUUUACCAAUAUGUUCAAAUUAUCAACAUUUUUCAUCAUGGAAAUGAAAAACGAAAGCUAGAAGAUCGAUGGGAUUCAACCCUGAAAUUGCCGGAUUUCGUUUCCUAUGAGUGGUUACAUGAACUAACUGAGCUAACUUUGAGGUUUUUAUUAUGCAUUUGAUAAUUAGAUUUUAACAUAAUGUCAGAUCUGAUCCUUAUUCAUUUUUUAACUAAAUUUGGUUCUCAAUUUUUUAAAAAGAGUCAAUUUGAUCUUUAAUCUUUUAAAAAAGGAGUUUGAGUUGAUGUUUUUAAUGGAAACUCUGACUAAUAUGGCAUCCCAUAUCACAACUUACGUGUACUUCAUGCUUUUUUUUUUUUUGAAUAUUGAAUUUUUUUCAUUUUUGAAUAUUUUUAUAAUUUUAAAAUUAUUUGUUGACGUGGCAUAUAAGAUAAAUAAUGCCAUGUUAGCAUGAAAUACAUAUAAACUGACAUAUAAGGAAAGCAAUUUGACCCUUUUUGAAAGUUUUAGAGUCAAAUUUAGCUUUAAAAAAAUAAAGAAAUAAGUUUAUCAUUAUACCUUAAAUUUUAGACAAGAAAUGUUCUACCUGCUAGGUUUGUCACUGCAUUUGACAAAGCCAAAGCCGAAGGAACACCUUUGCCUCCUCCUGACAUAUCUUCUCCCAGAAGCAACUUAGAAAACCUUUCCUUCAUCUGCUCCAUAUCUGUCUCAAUAUAUACAUGCAUAUAUAUCUUAGAAGGAAAUAAUUAGCUUUCUUGUUCAUAGAUUGUAAAGCAAAAAUUUGGAAAAUGAGAUUAGUGGUUUGCUUGGCAGAGUAGAAAAAAGGGAAGAAAUGGAUAUAGGAUGGUGAAAAACCAAAAAAGAACAUAAAUGUUUGAGUGUGUUAGGUAGGGAAGAAAAUUCUCGCUCACUUAACUGCAUUACAAAGAUUAGCUUUGUCUUCAUUAGCUUUCUUGUUCAUAGAUAGUAAAGCAAAAAUACGAAAACGAGUUUAGUGGUUUGCUUGGCAGAGUGAGAAAAAAAAACAACAGAAGAAUGAACAAAAGAUGGUGAAAAACUGAAAAAGAAUAUGAAUGUUUGAGCGUGUUUGGUAGGAAAAAGAAUUCUUGUUCAUUUAGCUGCAUUACAAAAGAUUAGCAUCGUCUUCAUUAGCUUUCUUGUUCAUAGAUUGUAAAGCAAAAAUACGGAAACAAGAUUAGUGGUUUGCUUAGCAGAGUGAAAAAUCUAGAAGAAAUGGAAUUAGGGUGGUGAAAAACUGAAAAAGAAGAUGGAUGUUUGAGCGUGUUUGGUAGGAAAGAAAAUUCUCGCACCUGUUUGUGGCCACUCCUGGGGAGUUUCUACCACAGACUCUCCUAUAUUUUGUUGCCCCAUUGAUUUAUCUUCACUUGGUUGCAGAUUAUCAUCGACAUCAUCCACGUGCUCGUUAUUACCGCCUGCCGCGGUUGUGUUUUGUUGCUGGUGGUGGUGAUGUCUCAUUGGAUUAUCAAACAGGCGAAAAGAUCCUACAUUUUGAGUACUAUACAAGCGAGUCAAUGUUCGAACCAUCAUUCAAUUCCUGUGUUUCUUCUUCUCGUUUUUAAGCAGCAAAAAAAUUGAAGAAGAAACAAAGUCGAAAAACAAUUAUAAAAAACAAAAGAGUCUGUUUUUAAUGAGUGAAAAUGAGAGGCUAGCAAGGAUUUUUAUUUGAAUUUUUCAGUACUGAAAAGAGAUAAAGCUCUUUUGAGUGGUUAAUCUUGUUUGCAGUUUUUGCAGGCAAAGUAUCAACGGUGAAUGUUUUUGGAACACAAAUUUGAGGUUCAGCUGACAAAGAAACUAUAAACCACAAAGACUAAAAAUGGUUGUUUGUUUUAAGGUCUGCUGCUGCCCUUCCUGUUUUCUCUUUUACAGAACCUACCCAUUGUAGUUAAGUUUUGUUAAGUUUAACUGUUACAGUUCUUUAGUUGGAGUAGAGUUGAUAAUGGGAUGGGUUGAGGUCUGGUUUCAAAAAAGAAUUGAAGUUUAAGCCCGUUUCAAAAAAAUUAAUAAAAUAAUGAUUUAUAUAUUUUUAUAAUUAAAA